GGGCAAGUUGCGACGCUGCGUUGCAAGCGGAAGUGUAUAAGACCACCUCAUCCUCAACUGUGACGCGGGCCGGUGAGCUGUGGCAAGUCCAUCCGGGAGCCAACUUGGGACGACAACCUUCACCAUCCCCCUCCCUAUCCAGUCACCACCCAUCACGGUCAUCGCGCGAGCCCCCAUCAUGUCGCAGCCCGCCAAGGCCGGCCGCGCUCGCAUCCGCCAUGUCAUCCCGAAGCUGUAUCUCGGCAAGUGGUCGCCCGGCCGGCUCAACUCCAUCACCGACGUGCCCGGCGUGCUGGUGCACACGCAGUCCAUCGAGCCGGAUGCAAACGUCCACACGGGCGUCACCACCAUACUGCCGCGCAGGAACUGGCACGAGUACUCGAGCUUCGCCGGCGUCUUCCGCUUCAAUGGCUGCGGCGAGAUGACGGGCUCGCACUGGCUCAACGAGACGGGCCUGCUCGCGUCGCCCAUCAUCAUCACCGCGACCUCGUCCGUCGGCGAGGGCUAUCGCGGCGUGACCGAGUACUGCUAUCGCUACCAUCGCAACGAGCAAGGCGACAUGGACCUCUUCAUGUUCCCACUGGUCGCCGAGACUUUCGACGGCUACCUGAGCGAUCCCGCGGCCUUUGCCGUUACCCCGGAGCAUGUCAUGCAAGGCAUCAAGAGCGCCACCGCUGACCGCGUGCCCGAGGGCAACACGGGAGGCGGCACCGGCAUGAUCUGCCACCGCUGGAAGGGCGGCACUGGGUCCAGUAGCCGCAUCGUCAAGGGCUUUGACGUGGACGGCAAGGUGGUCGACUACACGGUGGGCGUCCUGGUCCAGGCGAAUUACGGCUCCCAAGACACGCUUCGCAUCGGGGGUGUCCCCAUCGGCAAGAUCCUCCAGGACGAGGGCAUUGCCCCGUCGGCCGCGGAACAACCCGCUGGCGGCAGCGGCAGCAGCAGCAGCAGCAAGGAGCCGCGCAAGGACGGCAGCAUCAUCAUCGUCGUCGCGACGGACGCGCCUCUCAUCCCCAUCCAGCUGCAGCGCCUGGCGACGCGAGCGACGGUCGGUCUGGGCAAGGUCGGCGGUUACGGCAGCAACACGUCCGGCGACAUCUUCUUGGCCUUCUCCACGGGCAACAAGGUGCCCUCGCAGGAGCUGUCCAUGUCCAACGGGCCAGGGCUCAACCCGUACCAGCCUCUCGCAAGGGCUGUGCAGAUGACAGACAACGAUACCAUCAACGGCCUGUUCGAGGCGGCGGCCGACGCGACGGAGGAGGCCAUCUAUAACUCCCUAGCCAUGGCGGAGAGCAUGACGGGCUUCAAGGGCAGGCACGUCGAGGCGCUGGACCUGGCCAAAGUUAAGGAGAUCGUCGAGAAGCGGCUCUAGGUAGAUUACUAUAUACUGGGCAUGGGCAGCUCGCUUCGAUGCCGCGGGGCUGGGCCGACGGCCGGACAGGGACCUGAAAUGGUGCUUGAUACGCGCCGGAGCAAAGGAAAGAAAGCGUGCAAUGCCAAUUUAAAGUUUCACGUCGAGCGCAGGCCGACAUCCAUUCUUGGUGCCGUCGCCGGCGACCCUAGUCACUG